GUGAUACGACUGGCAUUAAAACAAGUAUAAACGACAUGAAAAUCAAACUCACCAUUCCGUUGAAUUAGUGGGAGCACUGAGCUUGUUUCUCCGAAAUGGUUAAGUGGUUAAGGUUUGUUUUGGAAUCCAGGAUGCUUGGUCUCCAUGGAAGGCUUCAUUGCCUCUGUCGCCGGUCGGCCGCCUCAUAUGAUGCAGAGUGGGCUUGCUUGCUUGCUUGGCGCGUCAGUCACCUGUGGCGGGCGGCGAUCAAUCCAUAUUUGAAGUAGGACUUUCUUUUAAAUGCAGCUUUCCUUUUCUUAAAAGUCGUAGCCUCUUCUUCUUCAACCUGUCACGAGACACAGCUGCAUUUGCCACUCACUCGGUUCCAUUUCACUCUAUUCCAGGUUUCUCUGUAAUCUUCAAUCUAGCCACCUGAGGAGGAAGUGGAGCCAAUGCACCUUGACGGACAAGACCAAAAAAAAAAAAAUCGUUUACCCUAGGCACGCCAGUUGGUGUCGCUACAGAUCUCCUAGUGACAUCCGAACCGGAAGCACCCAAUGGCGUCCUCCGCUCAACCCAAAGCACGCACGCACGCGCACAAGCGCACGCUGCGAUAGGACCACCCCCAUCGACCACCGGACGAAGCGAAGCGGGCUGGCGAGCGAGCGAGCGAGCAUGUACGCGCGGCGCGGCUGGAGAUGGGCCGUGCGUGGAGAAGACGGAGCCUCGGAUAAAGGCCGAUACCUCUCAAAACAGUCACAUUAGAAGCGGCCGGUACCACCGAGCAUGGGUCGACUGCGGAGAAGAGCUUGCGUGGCUUUCUUUCUCUUCACGCUCUUCAUCUUCGGAGCCAUGAUGGCACUCCGGACCCUCAAGACCGGAGAUGGCUUCUCGGAUCUGGUUCCUAACACACUGGACCGGCGUUCCGCACAGCGGACCUCGUCCUCCUCCGGUCAGCAGCGCACCAAGGCGGCUGCGGUGUCCAACUCGGGUCCGGAGGGGAGCAUCUUCGAUGACGUGCACAUCUUCUACUACGCGUGGUAUGGAAGCCCGCAAUCGGACGGCAAGUUCGUGCACUGGGACCACGUCCUGGUGCCGCACUGGGACCCGAAGAUCGCGUCCAGCUACCCGCGCGGGAGGCACAUGCCGCCCGAGGACAUCGGCUCCAGCUUCUACCCGGAGCUCGGCCCGUACAGCUCCAGGGACCCGGACGUGCUGGAGUCCCACAUGGAGCAGAUCGCGGCUUCGGCGGCAGGGGUUCUGGUGCUGUCCUGGUAUCCUCCCGGCACGGCUGACGACAACGGGGAACCCACUGAAGAUUUUGUACCUGCCGUACUGGACGCCGCGUAUCGACACAAUCUCAAGGCGGCCUUUCACAUCCAACCCUACAGAGAACGGAAUGAACAGAGCGUGCUUGACAACGUCAAGUACAUCAUUGACAGGUACGGCGAUCACGCGGCCUUCUACAAGUUCACGUCGAGCACGGGGAAGAGCCUGCCCUUGUUCUACAUCUACGACUCGUACCUGACGCCGGCCGAAUCCUGGUCGCAGGUGCUGACGGCCGGCGGCUCGCGCAGCCUGCGCGGCUCGGCCUACGACGGCGUCUUUGUGGCCCUGAUCGUGGAGGAGCGCCACAAGCAGGACAUCGCGGCGGGCGGCUUCGACGGCAUGUACACCUACUUCGCCUCCAACGGUUUCUCCUUCGGCUCGUCGCACCAGAACUGGAAGGCCAUCAAGGCCUUCUGCGACGACAACGACCUGCUGUUCGUCCCCAGCGUGGGGCCGGGCUACGUGGACACCAGCGUGCGGCCGUGGAACGGCCACAGCACCCGCAACCGGGUCAACGGGCGCUACUACGAGACGGCCCUGCAGGCGGCGCUGGACGUGCGGCCCGAGGUGCUGGCCGUCACCUCCUUCAACGAGUGGCACGAGGGCACGCAAAUCGAGAGGGCCGUGCCCAAGAAGACGGCCGCCAGGGUGUACUUGGACUACCGGCCGCACGGGCCGCAGCACUACCUGGAGCUGACCAGACGCUGGGCCGAGAAAUUCAACAAGGAGAAGGAGCAGUGGCUCAUGUGACGUUCCAACGCUAAGAAAAAAAAAAAAAAGGCAGCAAAUACGAUAGAGCAACCUUGUGGUACAAAACCCAAAUCAGAAGAUGACGACUCGUUGCUGAAAUCCAAAAAUGUGACAAGAAGAGAGCGUCUGUAAAUUUUGCUCGCCAACCUUGAUCCGUCUCAAUUGUGCUGUCACUAACCUCACCAUCGCUCGCUUUUUUUUUUUUUCUCUCUUCGGAGUUUCCGGUUGCUUCUCCCAGAGUGGAAUUGUUCACAAUAAAACUCUGUUGUCCAGCGACAAUAAGCGUCCAGACACGUAAA